AAUGCAUGCUAGGGUUUAUCGGGGAUUUUCCAGCAGCCAUGGUGGCGCGGCGAUCCAAGGCUCCGGUUCCGGCAGCGCCAAGCAAACGCUUGUCCAUCGCGAAAAAAAGUGGAAAUGUGAAGAACAAAGCAUCAGUGCCGACUAGUGCAACGCCUCCUCGAGUCAAGACACGGAGAAACAAGAAUGCUGAUCCACCUGAACUGGAGCCGAGAAAACCAUCAUCCAGGGGCAAGAAAGCUGUGGAGAAUCAAGCGGACAAGAGUGAUCAAGGUCACACGAGCAAACGGGGAUGCAAGAAAGCGAAAAAACACCCGGAAGGAAAAUCAUCUCAUCCAGGAGAAAAUCACAGAAAAAAUGUGAAGUCUACAGCCUUGAAACGGGUCCCGAGCCGAGACUUGGAGAUCGAGCUUUGGAAAACGGGCUUCCAUCGCGUUAUAGGCGUGGAUGAAGCAGGAAGAGGACCUCUCGCUGGUCCUGUCGUUGCUGCUGCUUGCAUCAUUCCGGAGGACGUCGAUAUCCAAGGCAUCGAUGAUAGCAAGAAGCUCACAGCCGAGAAGCGAGAGCAGCUCUACUCGCAAAUCACAUCCACUCCGGGGGUCCGUUUCUCGAUUUGCGUUGUGGAUGCGCCGAGGAUCGACGAGAUCAACAUCCUUCAGGCGACAAUGGAAGCCAUGGAAACUUGCGUGGAAGAACUUACAGGGAACGGACGUGAUCAUCCGCCAUACAUACUGAUUGAUGGAAACAGGAUUCCAGGCGGUCUCUCUGGAAAACACGCGAGGAGUGUGGUCAAGGGCGACGCCGAAAGCCAUGUAAUCGCCGCUGCGUCCAUUUUGGCAAAGGUGACGAGGGACCGGCUAAUGGAGGAUUACGACAAGAGAUGGCCGCUUUACGGAUUCAAAGACCAUAAAGGCUAUGGGACUGCGUCACACACGGCGGCAUUGCUGAAACACGGCCCUUGUGACAUCCAUAGACGCUCUUUCGCACCCUUGAGAAAUCUGAUUCUCGAUAUGUAAAUAGGCAGCUCAAAAAGCUCGGGCGUUUCGCCCGCAUUUUUAAGUCAAGAGUAUACAAAUACAAAUUUUCGCUGGCA